AUGUCAACAGAUCAAUCAGAUUCACGCGGAAGCGCCCAAAGUCCAGGACUAGUAAAAAAGCCAAAGGAAAAACCUCCCUUCAAGCUUUGCUUCCCGAAGCAGCAGAUGGUCGGUCAAUCGGGCACUCGAUAUUCCAGAGUAGACGGUGUGAUUAAAUUCCCAGCAGAUAUGAUCACGCCGAAAUUUUACUCACGUCAGGACUAUGAAGAUGUCACCAUUGAUGACGUUAUUGAUCAAGUUAACGCACGGAUUGAACAAGAGCGCAAAGGACCUCGAGAUCUUUACCGAUAUCCCAUUUUAUCUAGUCAAAGUUAUGGAUGGUGGUAUGAUCCUAAAACUUGUUCCAAGGAUCCAAGAUUCAAUUUUCAUAAGCAUACUUCAGAUAUGGUUCAGUCAAAUGCAAUUAUUCAAUAUGAGGAUCGCAAAUUGCGUGGUCUUUGUUAA